CCAGAAUCUCCUUCCUUCUUGUAGCAUGUGGCUCUUCUGUAUAAACCCACUCAAAAUCGGUACGAGAAACAUGAGCACCCAUUACGAUACUCCACAUCCACUCACUCACGAGAUGUGCGGCAAGUGUGAGUGUUGGUGGUCGUGGGUCGACUACUCGCCCCGGACAUCAAUAUUCAUGAGGCGCCUGUGCGAUGACGUAGUGCGCAACUUCGCUGCCCUUGGAAGCCUCCCCGCCAUUGGCAGCUAUUGUGGAGCUCAAGGCAAGAUGGCGUCGGUAAUCGGUUCUGAGGUGGAAAUAGCAGAAGUAGAAGUGGAAGCAAUUCCUGUAGAAAUGCCUAUAGAGACUGUUGAAACAACAGAUGAAGUGUCUGUGCAGCCUAUGAUAGCAUUACAACCACUACCGGAGCCAGCUGGAGAAGAAAUUGUGUUACAAACUCGCGAAGAAGUUGUUGGUGAUCCAACCCUUGUGUAUGCGGACAGCAUUCCUGUGCCUGCUCCCGAAAUUGAAAUUUCAACAGAGGAAACGAUUCCUGCAAGAAAAGGAAAAGGAGGAAGGCGUAAAGGUGGAAAAUCACGAAAUCUCGUCAGCACAUCUGGAAUUAGUGGUAUCGGAGAUUUGGGAUUAGAUUCGGCGUCAUCGAAAAAAUGGGAGCAGAAACAGGUUCAGAUCAAGACACUAGAAGGCGAAUUUUCUGUCACAAUGUGGGCAUCAGGUACAGAUGACAACAAACUGGAUGAUGAAUCUGUUGCCGGAGAUUCCGACGCUGAUUUCACUGAAUAUAUGACUGGCAAAAAAUUACCUCCUGGCGGCAUACCUGGCCUUGAUCUCAGUGAUCCAAAACAGCUUGCAGAAUUUGCCAGGUGUGGACCUAGGAUUAAGCCAAGAAAAGCAGCUGAUGAUGUGCCUCGUACUGUUCCAUGCCCUCACAAAGGCUGCAAUAAAAUGUUUCGGGACAAUUCUGCAAUGCGAAAACAUUUGCAUACCCAUGGCCCUCGGGUUCAUGUCUGUGCAGAGUGUGGGAAGGCUUUUGUUGAGAGUUCAAAGUUAAAGCGACACCAACUAGUUCACACAGGAGAAAAACCAUUCCAGUGCACUUUUGAAGGGUGCGGCAAGAGAUUUUCACUUGAUUUUAACUUGAGAACACAUGUUCGAAUUCACACGGGUGACAGGCCAUAUGUCUGUCCCUUUGAUGGUUGCAACAAGAAGUUUGCCCAGUCUACCAACCUCAAGUCUCACAUAUUAACUCAUGCAAAAUCCAAGGUCGAUCGUUCUUCAAAAACCAUGCUUGUGUUUUCGGAUCAAGGGUCAUGUGAUGGUGAUCAGUGGGGUCAGUCAGCCUACACAAUUGCAGGCACUCAAGCGCAGGGUUUGACCUAUGUGACUGUUCCACCGGAGUCUCCGGGCUGGGGGGGCCAAGUGGAACAUCUUACAUGGGAUGGGGAGGUAACUAUGUGAACAAUGGAGUUUCCUUGACUAAGCAUCAAAUAUUGCCCAGUGCUGAGUUGAAACUUUUUGACAAAAUUAAGUGCACCUGCUUUGACCUAGAGAGGGAAUGUUGGACUGCUUCUGGUUCUUUGCGAAUAUUUGAUGCUAAAACUACACACUCAGCGACAGCAUGUCUGGGUACUGUUCCAUGAAUGCAAGAUCAUUUCUGUGAUGGAGUCUCCAAUAUAUUCUGAAGAAUUGGUGGCAAGACAUCUCAGCAUUGGUCGCAGGCAUCAAGAAAUAUUCAAAUUGGAUACUGCCAGUGUUUAUCCCACAAAGCAUAAGGACAAAAGAUUUACUUUUUCUUUGUCCGUGUCUGUGUAUUGCUGUUGGAACUUGCAUGCAACCAGUGGGUUAGUAAAAACAUAACCCAUGCGCUGAUUAUCUUUUGUGUCUGUAUAUUAGUUGCCUUUAUCUUACACUUUUCCACAGUUCACUUUUUUUUUUAAUUCAUCAUUAUAAAUUGUACAGAUAGCCUAAAGGCAGUAUGAGAGGGGUUUAAGAGGGUCCGAACCAAGUUUUUCAAGUGUAAAGGUUCUUACAUGGAGCUAUUGCCUCAGGCAGAUUCUUUCACCACAUUCCACCUCAGGAUUUGGGGGAAACUGUUCGAAGUUGGCAUGAUAUUAAGAAAAAUUAUUGACAGCAUUUUUUAAAUCCUGUUAGGUAGGCAGUUUUCUGACUAGGGGUGGUGGGGAUGAUUUGAGUAGUAAGACAUGCACAUAAUUUUCUUACAAAAGUAUUUAGAUGUGCUGACCAAAGCAUUUUGUUUUCAAUAAAACUAAGCUUUCAUUAUGACUAAGAUGGUAAUUUGUAAAUCUGUAGCAACUGAGAAACAGUAGCUAAAUGGUUAGGGAGUGGCCAUUAUUUUGCAGUUUGAGUGAAAGUUGAGCCUAUUUGGAUAAUUAGAGCUGUUUUUCUUUUUUUACAUAUAUAUAUUACAAAAUUUCACCACAGCCUGAAUACCCUCCUUCCCCUCUCUUCCCAAGACAGCUUGCUAUGUGAUUUGUUGCAAUCUGCCAUUUCAUUGCUACAAAUGAAACCAACAGUUUUGAAAUCCAUUAUGCACAUCGUUUGCUAUGGAGUAAACACUUUUCAGUGUUGACAUAUAAAGACAUGCUAAUGUUUGGGACAAUGGCUUAUGUUGAGCAUUGAAUCUUCACUACAGCAUCCGCAUUGAUACCCUGAAUAAAAACGGAAUUUUUGACGCUUGCAUCAGUUUCCAACACAGUUAAAGGAUUGUAUGGAUUGUUGCAUCGUGCAGCUGCAGAAUGAACUUUACCAUCAAAUGACAGUUGAAAUGGGCUUUUUAAAGUAAACAAGUUUACAGAGCUAUUGAGAUUAUUCAUGUGUGCUGGAAAGACCCAAGAUGUCUGCCCAUAAGCCUGUACAUAUUUUUUUUUUCCCUCCUCCUUUGAGACUUCCCAGGUGGCCAUGUCAUCUGGUAUUUCAGAGAAAUAGGACUUGUGCCUGUGUGUAUGUGCUGAUAGUGUGAAUGUGUGAGGUCGUGGGAUGAUGAGGUGUUGUAUUAUUUCAAUUUAUGUCAAACAGCACAUGAUUUGUUACUGAUUCUUGUCAUCCUUUUUUUUUUAAACCAUUCUCCUUCAUACCCUCUUGCUUGAAUUAAGUAUUACAUCAUUUCAUGUUGACUAUUGUACAUAGAUGAUGUUGCCAUUAUGUUUAUAUAAUAAAGAUAGAUGAUGUG